GGAGCUACAGGCUUUUCCAGUCUCAACAGCCUUUCCUUUUCAUUCGGACCUUAAUUUUUAGGAUAUGGGGGAACAAAAUAAAAUAUUAUCCCGUCCCAUUUUCCGCCGAGAUGUGAGCUGGGAUCCUUUCCCAAACUGGACGCAGCCGAGUCGGAUCUUCGCGCAGGACUUUGGCCUCCCUCCUUUCCUGGAACCUGGUGAUCUGGACUGGAUCGACUGGUCCAAGAAGAGACUGGCUUCUUUCUCCUGGCCUGCGUUCGCACAAAGUCCCCUUCUGCCUCCAUUCAGCGGUCAGCCCCCGGCGGCGUUGAACCAAAAGGGUCCAAGACAACUAGCCAGUGGAGUGACAGAGAUCCAAACGGGGCAGGACAGCUGGAAGAUUAACCUGGACGUCAACCACUUCUCGCCCGAGGAAAUUACAAUCACCACCAAGGGGGGUUAUUUGCAAAUAUCAGGAAAUCAUGAAGAAAGGCAGGAUGAGCAUGCAUCUGUUUCAAGGUGUUUCACCCGGAAAUACAAGCUGCCGAAGGGGGUGGACUCGCAACACAUCAGCUCUUCGCUGUCCAGUGAUGGACUUCUGUCCGUAGAGGCCCCGGCUCCGGGGACGUGCAUCAGCAACCCACCCAAUGAGAUUGUGAUACCAGUUCAGAUCAGACAGACACAGGAUGGGGAAAAGUAAAAGCAAGAAUUUGAAACUGCAAUCAGAUGUUGUGUGCAGCAACGUGUGUAGCACUGGUAUGAACACGGCACAGCUAGGCGGUUGUCGUGUUUUCCUGCGAUAAAAUACUGAUAGUGUAAUGUUAACAGAACAAUACCGUGCCACUUUUACAUUUGGUUUCACAAUCAAAUGCAAACUCAUUAAAAUAAUACAGAAUUAACUCAGAAAAUAAGGAUUUUUUUUUGGCUUGUCAUCACUUAUAAAUGGAUUAGCAUGACCUUGUAUCCCUAACAAUAUACCAUUAUGUUUUCAUGCUCUUUUAAUAUCAGAAUUAUAUAAACAAGUACAAGCUAGCAGCUGUAGUUGUGACCUUACGCGACCUAAGGGACUGUGGAGAUUAUGGCUGACAAUAAUGGCCAAGAAUGGACAGUGGAAAUGGAUUAUUUAUAUCCAAACAGUUUAUUUACUUCAGAACAAAAAGGUAUGUACGUCAAGUUGUGCUUCUGUGUAAAAUGGCAAUAUAAUUCCUAAUUAAUUCGUUUUGAUUUGAUUUUGCUUGUGAAGAAGAGAAGCAUUGUGAAAGCUGUAGUGAGGAUUGAUUGUGUGUGUCUGUCCUGUAAGUUGUUGAUGUAUUGACUAAUCAGCCUAAUAAAGCUGGCCAUGUCUGCCACAAAUGUAUGAAACAGCUUCUGCCUUAUAAAUUAAAAACAAUUCAUUUCA